AUGACUGAGCAGGACGUUGAAAAUGAACUGUUGGAUUAUGAAGAAGAGGACGAGCCACAGCAAAGUGAGGCACCAGCACCAACUGGCAGAAAAGAGGUGAAAGGAUCCUACGUGUCCAUCCACAGUUCGGGUUUCAGAGACUUCUUGUUAAAACCUGAACUGCUUCGGGCCAUUGUGGACUGUGGCUUUGAACAUCCCUCUGAAGUGCAACAUGAAUGUAUACCUCAAGCCAUCCUCGGCAUGGAUAUCUUAUGUCAGGCCAAAUCUGGUAUGGGGAAGACUGCGGUCUUUGUCCUGGCCACACUUCAACAGAUCGAGGCAGUAGAGGGACAAGUAUCGGUUCUUGUAAUGUGCCACACGCGUGAACUUGCAUUUCAGAUCAGCAAAGAAUAUGAGAGAUUCUCAAAGUACAUGCCUAAUAUAAAGGUUGCCGUUUUCUUUGGUGGCCUUUCCAUUAAGAGGGAUGAGGAGACCAUCCAGAAAAGUUGUCCUCAUAUCGUGGUGGGCACUCCUGGCCGUACCCUGGCGCUGGUCAGACAGAAGACUCUGAACUUGAAGCAUGUCAAACACUUUGUCCUAGAUGAGUGUGAUAAGAUGCUGGAGCAGCUAGAUAUGCGCAGAGACGUUCAGGAGAUUUUCCGCCUUACCCCUCAUGAGAAACAGUGCAUGAUGUUCAGUGCCACCCUCAGCAAGGAGAUCCGCCCAGUCUGCAGGAAGUUCAUGCAGGAUCCUAUGGAAGUGUUUGUGGAUGAUGAGACCAAGCUGACACUUCACGGUUUGCAGCAGUAUUACGUCAAACUAAAGGACAGUGAAAAGAACAGGAAACUGUUUGACCUGUUGGAUGUGCUGGAGUUCAAUCAGGUGGUUAUCUUUGUAAAGUCAGUGCAGAGGUGUAUAGCACUGGCGCAGCUCUUGGUGGAACAAAAUUUCCCAGCUAUCGCUAUCCACAGAGGAAUGCAGCAAGAGGAGAGGCUUUCAAGAUAUCAGCAGUUUAAGGAUUUCCAGAGGAGAAUUCUUGUAGCUACUAAUCUUUUUGGCCGAGGCAUGGAUAUAGAAAGAGUUAAUAUAGUCUUCAACUAUGACAUGCCAGAGGACUCUGACACCUACCUGCAUCGGGUGGCUCGUGCUGGUAGAUUUGGCACAAAAGGUUUGGCCAUAACAUUUGUAUCUGAUGAGGAGGAUGCCAAAAUCCUGAAUGAUGUCCAAGACAGAUUUGAAGUUAACGUGGGCGAGUUACCUGAUGAGAUAGACAUAUCCACUUACAUUGAACAGAGUCGAUAA